AUGAAGUUGACUGCAACAGCCGUCUUGUGUCUGUCUCUUCUUUUGGUUCACCUUCAUUUCUCACUGGCUGGAAAAACAGGCAGUCUUUUAAAGAAAAUAUUAAAGAAGCCUCCAAAAACGAAAACUAAUCUGGACUCUAAGACUAAAGAUUCAAUCCUUACAAAAGCUAAACAGCCACAGUACAAUCAAGGAGGUUACCCUCGGCAACCAGCUGGAGGCUAUCCUCAAAAUCCAGGCAGACCAGGGGGAUACCUGAACCAGGGAGGCUAUGGAGGGAGUUAUGGCAGUUAUGGAAAUUAUCCAGGUAGUUACAUUAAUUACAACCCAAACAACAGAAUCUUGAGCCCUCACUAUGGUGGCAGCUUUGGCUAUGGGGGCCAUGGAGGUGGCGGUGGCUCUCCCUUCUCUCACUCAGUUCAGGCAAUGGGAUAUGUGCCAUCUGAUAAAUCAAGAGGGUUUGGACGAACUGCAGUAAUGGCAGCAGCUGGAGGCGCUAUGGCAGGAAUGGCUUUAGGCUAUGGUUUGGGAAGGUUCCCUCAUCCUAAUUUCCACUUCCACAGCCCCCAAGAGGAGUACUUCUACAACUACUACAUGUACAGGAAAUAUGGGGUGAAGUCUACCGAUAGCAAAGACUACAGCAGAGACUAUAAAUACAGCCAAUCCCCUGAGACCUUUGACAGCUACAUGGCCUCCUGCAUGAAGAGAGCAGACCUCCUGCCUGACAGUAAUCGAAAGUCAGAGAAUAGACCAGCAGUCACUACAAGUAAAACUUCCACAACCACCACUGUAAAAGCCAUGACUACGUCUGCACAAGUUACUGGCAGUGGCAGCAACACAAAUAACAACACUGUUGCAGUAAACUUGUCAUCCACAACACCCUCAACUUCCCACCCUAUGAAUAAGUCUGAGGUCAAUCCUGCACCUCCAACAGCUUCACCGAUUCUCCAAAAAGAUGAUGAUGAUGAUACAGUCAGCAUUGUGGAAAUUGGCUAUCCAGAACUGAUCAGACAAAUAAAGGUCAAGAGGUGUACAGAGCUUUACAUUGUCUAUUCUGAAAAGUACCUGAAGAAAAAGACCAGCACCAGCAGUGGGGUGCAUGGACUGGAGAUGAGCAUGCGAGGGCUUUUAACUGUGCUCAUCAGCUCUAUGCUGAUGCUGCUGAACAGCAACAUGUUGAUGCUGUUACACUGAAGAGCUUCAUUAACUGUGAAGUGAUGGAGAAAUACAUUACAGAUAUAAGGUACAAAACAGUACAGUAAAGACGCUCUUGGGACAGAGGCAUCAGUUAUUAGGUUCACCGCCUUAAACAUAUCAAUGCCAUCUGCAUGAGUAGUGAUAUGAGCUUUGGACAGAUUUUUAAAAAACUUUAUUUCCAAAACAGUUGGUAUUAUAUCUCCAAUUUGAAAGAGA